ACUCAACUCAGCCUCCCAGUCAUCCAUGGGAGCCUCCAUGUCCCAUUCCGAUGCCCCCACCCGAGCCGGAUAGAGAACCCUCACCCGUAAGAGAGCCUCUGCCUACCGGGGAGAACAUUGUUACUAUUGUCCCCCCACCUAACGGAGAAAAUAUGGGUACGGUUCUCACCCCACCAAACGGAGAUAAUAUCGAAGCGACUGCCCCCACAAUGACUGAAACAAACCAGGAGCAGCCCAAACGGAAACGUGGGCCAGCUAAGUGUAUUGCGUUCGAAAUGUUGAGACGGCAAGGAAAAGUUUUGUUGAAGAUUAAUGACGGCGAAACGGCACCAUGCUGUGCGAACUCAUCCAUGUUCACAGCAAGGCUAACGCAAAUUGUAAAACAACACUGUGAUAUGAGCUAUGCGAGAUGGACCGAUGUGCCACAGGCACAAAAGGAUGAGUUGGUCGACCGUGUGAGGGCUGAUUUCGUGUUGGAUUGGGAUCGGGAGAAUCAUAGGUUGACCGUCUUGAAGCAACUGAGGAAGAGGUUCAAUGCAUUCCAUCACCAAUUACACAAAAAAUAUGAAUCUUUUGAAAGCCACGAAGAAGCAUUGGCCACUGGAUGUUCAAUGGUUGACUUGAACGUUUGGGUUACCUUGUGUCGGAGGUGGGGAAGCGACGAAUUCAAGAAAAUGGCUCGACAAAAUCGGGAGAAUAGAAAGGCGUUAUAUGUCAACCACACAGCUGGCCGGAAAUCCUUUGUAAGGAUCUUGGAGGAGAAGCGGGCUGCAAAUGCGGAUUUGGUGGAGUUCUAUAAAGAGACUCAUUGGUCAAAGAAGACCGGGAAAGUUGUCACCGAGGCAACUGAAGCCACUUAUAAGGAGAUGGUUGAGAGGCUGGAUGGUCUCGAGCCUGAGCAACGCACCAAUGAGGCAGCAGCUACCGUAUUUAGGGAGGUCCUUGGCUCUAGACCUGGAUAUUCAAGGGGGCUAGGAGAGAUGGUCAUCCCGGAUUCGACAAGACAGCGGGACAGGGAGAGAGAAAAAGAGUACCUUGCAAUGAUUGAAAAACACAAGCAAGAUGCAGACAAUUACAAGAAAGAUGCUGAGAAUUACAGGAAAGAUGCCGAGGGGUACAAGACACAGCUUGAAGCAAUUGAGGACGAAGUCAUGAGACUUCGUGAGAGGCAAAAUGAAACUGAUAAGUUGAUGAAGGAAUUUUUCCUCAAUUUCCGGGGAAACACGGAGUCUCUCCAGUCUCGUGGAGAGACUCCUUGAGCGAAGACCAAAACUGUUAUAUAAAUAUUUUUUGGGUAGUGUAGGCAACUUUUUGGUAUUCAAUAUGAUGGUGGGUGGCCACGAUAUAAACUAUAUAUAUAUAUAUAAAUAGUCCUACACAUAUAUAUAUAUAC